UCAAGACGUGACGUAAGCAGAGACGCCCGUAACCAGGGAGACUGUCAACUGCUGGAAGUUAAGCCAUGGUGGAAGCAUUUUAGCUCGUUAUGCUAGAUAGAUUGUUUAUUCUCCUUAAUAGUAAAAUUGAGUUUCGCGAGUAGUGUGGUGUAAUGUGAAACCUUACAAGAUUAGCUUUCUGUAUCAAUUUCGUGACACGGGUCUUUCAAGCCAUUCUUACUUGAUAAAAAGGACAAUUAUCUGGCUAGUUGUAUGUAGUAACUUUUUUGUCAGACCUAGAGCACAGGACCAAGUUAAUCAACAAGCAAAGUUAUAGUUGCUGGCUAGCUAUCAUUAAAACGUUUGUUUAGGUUCGUAAUUACAGCGGUUAAUGUAGGUACAUUUGUUUUGUUAACUUCAGCUCUGAGUUUAGCUGUUUUCCUUCACGACCAAGACGUUAAUAUGGCUGAGACUAUUCGUACAGUUCCUCCUGACCCUCCUGUUUUAAAACGCAACCCCGCCGCUGAUCCCAGAAAAAUGAGGCGGAUAAUUGCGGAGGACCCUGAGUGGUCUCUCAAUGUGGUGCCUCUUUUGACUAACCUGUGCUUGGAACACAUAGCCAGUAACUUCGAAGCAAAACCCAUGCUUGAUGAACUCCUGCCCAACCAUAAGGCUUACGUUCUGGAGAAACUGCCCCCAUCCUUGCCAUUGGAUGUGACAGCCAAUCUGAUCUGUGAUGAGGGCUACUGGAAGAAAUGCUGUGUGGAGCGUUGGGGCCUGGGCGAUGUUGCGGCCUAUGGGAACAGCUGGAAGCGUAUGUUCUUCGAGCGACACCUGGAGAACAUCAUUGAGCUCUUCAUCCCCGAUGUCACUGAUCCCAAGCUAGUUCUGGACAUGGUUCCACUAUGCAAGGACUACGUGAAGAAGCUGAACAUCUCCCAGCUCCUCCCUCCCAUCAAGGACCCUCAGAAGGCAGAAGAGGACGACUCCUCGGACUCAGCCAGUAACGGAAGCUUAGAUGGACCCUCCUUGGACCACUUUGACUUUGGUAUCUUACUGAGCAAACUCAUCUACCUAGAAGAGCUUCACUUAGUGUAUGGGGUCAAAGGGUGUGGCAUGAACUUUGAGUGGAACCUUUUCGAGUUCACUUUUCGAGACUGUGAAUCACUAGCAAAAGCACUUAAGUCUUGUAAGACUUUAAGGGUGCUCAGAAUCCAUCAGAGCAAAGUGGAUGAUGAGAAGUGUCGCAUGCUGAUGAACUACCUCCUAGAUCACCCGUCUCUGCAAGAGCUCAAUCUCUCCCACAACCUCAUCGGUGACAGGGGCGCCCGGGCCAUCGGCAAGCUCCUGAACAGGAGUCAGCUGCGGUCACUGAACGUCUAUGACAACCAGAUCCGUGGCCCCGGUGCCCAGGCCUUGGCCCACGCCCUGUCCAAGAACGCCAGCCUGCUUACCCUCAACCUGCGGCUGAACCGCCUGGGCGAUGAGGGGGGGCAGGCCCUCGCUCAGGCCUUGGCCAAGAACCAGACCCUGGUCAGCCUCCAACUUGGGGCCAACCUGCUGAGCGAGCCCACAGCCUUGGCUCUCUCGCAGGCUCUGGUGAAGAACAGCACCCUCAAGAGCAUCAACUUGUCCUGCAAUACGCUUGGACAGGAUGGCGGCAGAGUUCUGGAGGAAGGCAUGUCCCAUAACGGCACCCUGGUGGACUGCGAUGUUCGUGUCACGAACAUCGACCAAGAGAGCGAGGUCUGCAUCAGCCAGAUCCUGCGCACCAACCAGAGCAAGACCCGCAGGAAACACGAAUGAACCUCAGAGCGCCUGUCUAAUAUUUGCAGUUAUUCAUUAAAAAAAAAAACACAAGCUUUCACCUGGGUCUUCUUUAGCAGUCCUA